UUUGGGUCCAAAGGCAAAAGGAGAGAGAGAUAGAGAGAGAGAGUCUCAUUGUGGCCACUUUAUUCUCCUAAAUGGAGUGCUUUGUUUGCUGUACCCUGUAGCCUGUACCCUGUGAGAUGGUGGUUUAGAAGAGCAGAGAGACGGUGCCCUGCCUUGCAUUCUUCCUGGUGGCUGCUUCGCAUUGUCUUGCUUCUCUUCUAAAUCAGAGGUGCUUCUGAGCUUCUGCACCGAGGUUUUGGAUUCCAUCUGCGUUUCCAAGCUCCUUUGCCUCAAGACCAAGUUUUUAGAUUCAAACCUUCUGAGGAAGGGCAACAAUCCUUUUUCCCCCCCUCUCUCUCUCUCUCUCUCUCUCUCUCUCUCUCUCUCUCUCCCCUAUGGAUUUGAGUGGCUGGUUGUGUUCUUGAUCCAUUGUUCUUGUUGGGUGUACAGAGCCCACGAUUAAUGCGGUAGAUCGCAAGACAUCUCUGAUUCUAGGCCUAACCCUGGGUUUCUCAUCCUUCUCCUUGAAACAAGUUUGAUACCAGUGUUUUGGGUUUCUUUCCCUUUGGUCCUCUUCGGCAUCACCAAGAGGGGGGAAAAGUAAGUAUUUUGCUGCGGGGUUUUGUUCUCCCCAUUUUGCCACCGCAAGAUCCAGAUUCCUGCAGCGCCUUCGGAGGGGCUGGGCAGCUACCUUGUUGUGGCUGUAUGCAGGAGUGCUGGAAAGAUGAGAGAUGAGAAUCCGAAGAAAAGCAAGCUGUCUUGGCCCAAGACCCUUGUUAAAAGAUGGUUCAACAUCAAGAGCAAAAGUCAGGAGAGUCAUUCAAAUGAUGCUAAUGGCAAAGGACGGAGUGGGCAAUGGAGGGCCAACCUAUCUGAGAAGGUGGCAUGUACAGUCAAGAAAGGCAGAACAGAUGUAUCAUCCAAGAAGGACAUCGAACAAGUUCAGCGAGCAAGGUUUGAUCUUCAUUCAGCUCGAAUAACAGAUGUUCAGGACUACAAGAUCUUUGCUGCGACCUGGAAUGUGGGUGGGAGACCCCCACCAAAAAACUUGAAUCUCUUGGACUGGAUUCAUGCUUCUUCUCCUGCAGAUAUAUAUGUUUUGGGGUUUCAAGAGAUUGUUCCACUUAAUGCUGGAAAUGUUCUUGGCACAGAAGACAAUGGUCCAGCUAAAAAAUGGUUGUGGCUUAUUAGAAAGACCCUGAACAGUCCCGACACCUGUGGCUCUGAUAGCUACCACACACCAUCUCCUGUUCCAGAUCCUAUUUUGGAGUUAAAUGCUGAUUUUGAGAGGUCCACAACAAGGCAGAAGAAUUCAGCAUUCCUCCACAGGCGUUCCUUUCAUUCUCUUAGUCGUAGUUUAAGAAUUGAUGGGGAUACCAUGGUGCCUCAACCGAUGCUGGAUCGCCGAUUCAGCGUUUGUGACAGGGUCAGCUUUGGGAGUAGACCAAGUGACUUUGAUUCCAACUUUAGAUUUGAAGGAUCAUCUGAUGAUGAGAACAUCGGGGAGGAGUCACCUACUACCAUCUUUUUCUCACCGUUUACAUAUGGCUAUGGAGCUCCCACAUAUGUUGAAGAAAGGGAUAGAUUAUCUGCAAAUUCUAGGUAUUGCUUGGCUGCAAGCAAGCAGAUGGUUGGAAUAUUUCUUACGAUCUGGGUGCGCAGUGAUAUUAGAGAUGAUGUGCGAAACUUGAAGGUUUCCUGUGUUGGCCGGGGACUAAUGGGUUAUCUUGGGAACAAGGGUUCUAUAUCAAUCAGCAUGUUGCUGCACCAAACAAGCUUCUGCUUCAUCUGUAGUCAUUUGACCUCAGGGCAGAAAGAGGGGGAUGAACUACGGAGAAACUCAGAUGUAAUGGAGAUUCUAAAGAAGACUAGAUUUCCGCGAGUGCAGAAAGGUGGCAAUGAGAAGUCACCUGAAACGAUUCUUGAUCACGAUCGCAUAAUAUGGCUUGGUGAUUUGAAUUACCGCAUUGCUCUUUCAUAUCGGUCAGUGAAGACUCUAGUGGAAAUGCGCAACUGGAGAGCAUUGUUGGAAAAGGAUCAGCUCCGAAUAGAGCAACGAUGUGGCCGUGUAUUAGUGGGAUGGAAAGAAGGAAGGAUAUAUUUUCCUCCCACUUAUAAAUACUCAAACAACUCAGAUCGUUAUGCAGGAGAUGACAUGAAUCCUAAAGAGAAGCGACGAACACCUGCAUGGUGUGACCGCAUAUUAUGGUAUGGGAGAGGCCUUAAUCAGUUGUCUUAUGUUCGAGGGGAGUCGAGGUUCUCUGACCACAGACCUGUAUACAGCAUUUUCACAGCAGAGGUUGAAAUGAUCAACCAUAGUCUAUUCAGGAAGAACAUGGGUUAUUUUAGCUCUCGUGUAGAGGUGGAAGAACUCUUACCACACUCGCGUGGUUACACAGGACUAAACUACUACUAACAUGGAUAAACAUGCAAAAAAAAAAACCAAAAGACUUUCAGCAUCAUUUUCAACUAAAAAUAUGAUCUUCAACAACCUCUACAGAUCAGGGUGCAGUUCUUCCGAUCAAGCAUGUAUUAAUUAUACUUAAUCAGACUACUCUAGAACUUCAGUUGUUUUACUCCUUGCAACAAUACUCCUUGUUUGUUUCCAUCAGUUUUUUUUAAUACUUUUUCCACCGUGUAAGCAAAUAGAAAUUUCUAUUGUAAUCUUGGACUAAUUUCAUUCAUGGCUUACAAUCAUAGGCCAAAGAGAGCAGCACAUUUCUUGGAAACUAAACCUGAAGUGGGAAAAGAAACACUGCAGUUUUGAUGCUGAUAAAUUUCUAGUCAAGAAAGAAGAUUGAGAGUUCCAUUCCAGAAUAAGUCAGUCACUAACAACAUCUAUUAACCAGCUUGUUUCACCCUUGCAAACCUAAGCAGUCUCCCUAGCAGACAGUUGAUAGUUCUCAGUAGAACAAGAAUACUCCAGAAAUAAAGAAAACAGAAUGAACCAACAAGAAGAGGGGACUCUUGCCUGAUCUGAAGCUGCCAAGUGGGAGUGAUUUAUUUCCCUUUUUAUUUUAGUUUUUACAUGACUUUAUUCUUCUGAAAAUGAAGGUUUUUUUCCUUUUGAUUUUUGUAGAGUGAGAAGUAAAGGUGAAUUACAGACAAAUAAUCAUUAUGUGCAUAGUUUCUUUUCUGUUAUAAAUGUUGACAAGGAUGGAUGAGUUCUGGGUUCA